AUGGAACUGGCGGACGGGAAUGUCAGCGAGGGCAACGCUAGCGGGCCUGAGUCCGGCGGCCCCGAGCCGCUGCCUCUGCUGGGCAUCGGCGUCGAGAACCUGGCCACGCUUGUGGUGUUCGGCCUCAUCUUCGCGCUGGGCGUGCUGGGCAACAGCCUCGUGAUUACCGUGCUGGCGCGCAGCAAGCCGGGCAAGCCGCGCAGCACCACCAACCUGUUCAUCCUCAACCUGAGCAUUGCCGACCUGGCCUACCUGCUCUUCUGCAUCCCCUUCCAGGCCACUGUGUACGCGCUUCCCACCUGGGUGCUGGGCGCCUUCAUCUGCAAGUUCACCCACUACUUCUUCACCGUCUCCAUGCUGGUCAGCAUCUUCACCCUGGCCGCGAUGUCCGUGGACCGCUAUGUGGCCAUCGUGCACUCGCGGCGCUCCUCCUCGCUAAGGGUGUCCCGCAACGCGCUGGUGGGCGUCGCAGUCAUCUGGGCGCUGUCCAUCGCUAUGGCCUCGCCCGUGGCCUACCACCAGCGCCUCUUCCACCGCGGCGCCGGCAACCAGACCUUCUGCUGGGAGCAGUGGCCCAAUCAGCGCCACAAGAAGGCCUAUGUGGUUUGCACCUUUGUCUUCGGGUACCUGCUGCCGCUGCUACUCAUCUGCUUCUGCUAUGCCAAGGUCCUUCAUCACUUGCACAAAAAGCUGAAGAACAUGUCAAAGAAGUCAGAAGCAUCCAAGAAGAAGACGGCGCAGACAGUUCUGGUAGUGGUCGUGGUGUUUGGGAUAUCCUGGCUGCCGCACCACGUCAUCCAUCUCUGGGCUGAAUUUGGAGUCUUCCCCCUGACCCCUGCCUCAUUCGUCUUUAGAAUUACAGCGCACUGCCUGGCCUACAGCAAUUCAUCUGUGAAUCCCAUCAUAUAUGCGUUUCUCUCUGAGAAUUUCAGGAAGGCCUACAAACAAGUGUUCAAGUGCCCCCUUCGUACCGAGUCACCACUGAACAACACUAAAGAGAACAAAAGUCACAUCGAUACCCCACCACCCACCAACUGCACUCAUGUGUGAAAAGAGAUAUAGUCCCAUUGCUGAGUUUCCAUAUCUGUGAACCAGAUACAUAAAAAAACACAAUGUGCUAUGAAACAAGGCUGCAGCUUGUUAUCCUAACAGCAAUUCAUAUUAUCUUAAUUAAAUUCCACUUGGGUUAAAAAGAACUUUGAUCUAUUUAGGGAAUUCCUAAAUCUAGAGAAGAUUCUUUUUAAGGGAGAUUGACUUUAAUUUUAUUUCUAAAUUGUACUUCAGAAACAAACAAAAAUGAUAUCUAGUUUUAUACCUCUUAAGAAAAGAAAGUUUACUAGAAUUCCGUAGAUCGUUUCAAUUCUUCAUAGAAUAAGUGCCAGUCCCAUCAAUAGGGUUAGGGGGAUUUGUGAUCUACAUUUUGUAGCAAAUUUAUUUAGAAAAAAAAAAUGAUUCUUUAGUGCUUACAUUUUAAGAAAGGAGGGAAUGUUAAUAGGUUUGUAUUCUAAAAUAUAAUUAUGGGACAUGGAAUGUAAGAUUUACCUGAAUUUUGUUUAUUUAUUUUUUGGCUCUUUUUCUAGAGACACCACCUCUUAGGUGGAAAUAAGACUUUUUUUUGCAUAGGUCAACAUUGCUCUCCAUUGUAAAUAGUGUACAGGACUCCUGAGGCUGAGCUGCUCCUGCCUGGGACCACGAGCUGCGUUAAGGGAAGCCAAGUGCAGACGCAUCAGCUUUCUGGUGUUAGCAACUGGUCCUGCCAAUUACUGACUGUCCUGUGAACUUAGCUUUUACAGAGUUAACUACAUAAAAUCAGGGGUAAGUGCAAAGUGCAACCACUCAACUCAUGGAAACUGUGAAUGAAUUUUGGAGACUGAAACGGUGCAUUAAGAUUUUAUAGAGGCAAUUUGCCAGGGUAUCGGCUAUGCAUUGCAUGGAACCUCCCCGAAAGAAAGAAUUUACCAAAAAAAAUGUCAGUAAAAAUGAGGUGUAGAUAGUGAUUUCUAUGGUACCAAAGAUUAGUCAGACGCACUAAGUAAUAUGAGUAAAGCCUACUACACGUUUGUUGAGGGUCCCUUGGUAGUGCAAGUGAUUUGCACUCAGCUGCUAAUCCAAAGGGAAAGGUUGGUGGUUCGAGUCCAUCCAGCAACUUCUUGGAAGAAAGGUCUGGCAAUCUGCUUGCACUGCCGACCUUUUGGUUAGUAGCCAAGCUCUUAAUCACUGCUCCACCAGGGCUCCCCGACGAGAUCACAGCCAAGAAAACCCUACGGAGCAGUUCUACUCUGUAACACAUGGGGUCCCUAUGAGUCAGAAUUGACUUGAUGGCAACAGGCUAAACGUUUGGUUUGGUUAAAGUUUGAGGAAAACUAACCUUGGGAAUGAAUAUAUCUAGGAAUAUUCUGUCUUACACAAACAAGCCUUUUUCAUUAAAUUUGUAAUAAUUUUUUAAUGCAUAUUUUCCCCCCAAAUAUUAGUCCCUCUGGAAAUAUGAAUUGGAGGUUGAAAUCAUCACCUCUUGAGUUUCAGAUGUAGCUUUCAUGACAAUUUUAUAUUCGCUCGUAUUUUGUAUUCAUUGUACCACAGUGGCUCAGGCGAUUCUGGCGAUGGUCACGGUGUUAGGGAAAUCCUGGCUGCUCCACCAUGUCGUCCAUCUUGGGGCUAAAUUAUCCUAUAUCGGAAGAGUAAUUCUCAGAUUGCCAGACUUUGAUAUAUUUUAGAAGGAGACAAAAUUAAAAAGAUUUUUUUAAAAGGAUUUUGUGUAACUUAACACUUUUGCCAAGUCAAGACUCUGUAGGAAA